AUGAAAAGCCCCAUCACAGCUCCAUUCGGCCAAUGGAAGAGCCCAAUCACCUCAACCUUGCUUGGUGCCGACGGUGUUCAGUUUGAAACCAUCGCGACAUCCGAUGGGAAGAUUUAUGUCAUUGAAUGUCGUCCCAAAGAGCAGGGCCGAGGCUGCAUUGUCGAGUACUCUGGUCUUGAAGGACGCGACGUUCUACCGACCAAAUAUGAUGCCCGCACCAAGGUCCAUGAAUAUGGCGGCGCCUCGAUGAUUGCUUUCGACGGGCAGAUCGUCUUUUCCGAUCGUGAGACACAGGAUCUGCACAAACUCGAUCCCUCCACCGGCCACGUGGAGCGGAUCACCAACACUGACGUUGCCCUCCGCUAUGUGUGCACGUCUGCUUUGGCUGACGAGCAGGCGAAGUGCGGAUGGAUUUUGGCCAUCGAAGAGGACCACUCCAAGCCACUCCCGUCAGAGAUUCGGAACCGUCUCGUGGCUGUUAACCUGCAGUCAAAGGAUGUAGUCAACAUUGCUUCCGGUGACGACUUCUACAGCGCUGCGCAGUUCUCUCCCGAUGGUAGCAGAAUAUGCUGGACUCAGUGGUCCCACCCGGAUAUGCCAUGGACAGGAGCUCGUUUGUACACGGCUAAGUGGAAUAACGGCCAGGUCGCAGAUGUUCAACUUGUGGCUGGCGUUCCUGGGAAACAGAGUGCUUCCCAGCCCCGUUGGGGCCCUGAUAGCACAUUGUACUUUGCGUGGGACUGCUCAGGGCACUACCAACUCUAUCGUUUGAAUGCCAGCAGCUCCGAAGGCCAAAAAUUAGCCCUCCGUGGCCUGGACGAGUUGGACUUUUCGCAACCAGACUGGCGCUUGGGAGGCUGCACAUUCCUGAGUUUGACUUCUACAUCAAUGAUCGCUUCCUAUACCAAGGACGCUCGGUGGAGCUUCAUCUUAAUCGAUCUGACAGACGACACCUGGCGCGACCUGAACCUGCCAGUGUCAGACACGAUCACAUUAGCCCAAACCCCCCUCUCAAGCACGAAGAUUGCACUCCUUGGGUCCAGCGAAACAAGCUUCAACACCGUCUACACACUAGACAUCGCUGAUACCAAGCUCGAUGCAAUUAAAGCUGCUUCCGAGUUCCCCAUGCCAGCUUCCCUUGUCUCCCGGCCGGAGCAUAUCUCUUUCCCAAGAGUCCACGGUGAAAACCGCAAAGGGCUGUCCCAUGCUAUUUUUUACGCACCCCAAAACCCAGGUUAUCAAGCGGAUUCUGGGACACUUCCCCCUUUGAUCGUGUGUCUCCAUGGCGGACCGACAGCUCAGACCGGGACUGGCCUAAAUACCACAGACCAAUACUGGACUACCCGAGGCUAUGCUGUUGUUUGGGUCAAUUACGGAGGAAGCUCCGGGUAUGGCAGGGCAUACCAGGAUGAAUUGAACGGGCAGUGGGGUAUCCUCGAUACUGCAGAUACUGCUAGUUGUGUGUCAUACCUAGCUUCAACAGGCAGGAUCGACCCCAACGGAGUCGGGAUUCGCGGCGGAAGUGCAGGAGGCUACAUCGUCCUACAAGCUCUUUGUGACUAUCCCAAUCUCUUCGCCGGUGGCACUUCGCUAUACGGUAUAAGCAACGUCCGAGCUAUUUGUGAACACACCCACAAAUUUGAGAGCCACUAUGCUUUUGCUUUACUGUUCGAACCUGGUGCGAGUGAGGCCGAGAAAGAUCGCAUUUUCAAAGAACGCAGUCCCUGCUUCAAGGCGGACAAGAUCACCGCGCCGAUGUUGUUGCUACAGGGAGACGAGGAUAUGGUUGUUCCCCUGGGUCAGGCGGAGGAAAUGCUUGAAAUGAUGGUCAAGGUUGGCCGUCAUCCUAAACUUGUGGUCUUCCAUGGUGAAGGGCAUGGAUUCCGACAGGCUAAGAGUCGUAUUGAUGCUGUGGAAGAGGAAGAGAAGUGGUGGAAGAAAAGCUUGCUUAAGCUAUAG